UCUUACACUCUCUUUGUGUGGCAUGAUCUAUGUGAAGAUGAUUUAAUUCUACCAACUCAUGGAAAUGAAUAUGUUCUCAAGGGUUCUAAGCUCUUUGAUGAAUCAAAUUCAGAUUGUUUUAGUCCCAUUAGCAAGGUUAAAACACAAAGUGUGAAGCUGCUGUCGACGCCAGCUUCUUCUUGGAGCCUGGAUGAAGGCUCAUCCUCUUCUAGCCUGAACAGAAAAAAGACGAGAAUCUCCCAAGAUGAUGAGCUUUCCCAAGAUCCACACAUCGGUUCCUCUAAUGUUUCUCCAGAGUCUAGAGCUGAAAAGAGUGAUGCUCUAAGCUUGGCAUUGAUAGAGUACAAAAUUUAUGAAACCGAUGGAUUGGCAGAUGCUUCAACUAAAACUAAAACUUUGGAGUAUCUGAUUAGAGCUGAUGCUAGUAAAGUGAACAACUUUAGGAUUCUGGAGGAGGAGGGCAUGCAUAUGUCGACCAACACGAGGAUGAAAGCUUCAAAUUUGCUUAUGCAACUGAUCUCAUGUGGCUCAAUAUUAGUGAAAAACCAUAGUUUUGGCCUUAUUCCUUCCUAUAAGCCCAUGUUUUAUAGUUCAAAAUGUCCUUUCUUUUGUGUUGGGGGAGUUUGA